AUGCGGGAAUCAGAACUUCGGCACCACUCCAAGAAAUACUAUCGCUUCCACCGAGACCACAGCCACGACACAAAUGAAUGUUUUCGACUUCGGGACAAGAUCGAAGCACUCAUUCGCUGUGGGGUCUUCAACCAGUUCGUGCAGAACCAGCAUGAUGAAAGAAGGUCGGUGAAGAAUGUUGCACCCCCCGAAGGUCCAAAUGACAACAUGCCUAUCGCUGGCACCAUCAACACCAUCAGAAGAGGCCCAACCGAAAGAAGCUCUGCUGGAGAAUCGACUGAGAGAAGGACCCCUUCGAAGCAUCAAUGCACUUAUGAAGUCAUCUUGUUCUCGAACGAGGACUUAAAAGGAGUUGAGACUCUUCACGAUGAUGCUGUGGUAAUCUCCAUGGUCAUGAAUAAGUUUGAUGUAAAGCAUGUCUUAGUUGAUAAUGAAAGCUCAGCAAAUAUUUGUAUUAUAAUGCCUUCCAAAAAAUGGAAUGAUAGACAACCAGCUCCAGUGAAUGCUCCGCUGGUCGGAUUCACUGGAAACUCGGUCUCGGUUGAGGGCGAGACCCACCUACUUGUCACGGUCGGGCUCGCCCCUCGAGAGAGCACCGUGAGGAUGAAUUUUCUUGUGGUCCGUCUGCCCUCGGUCUACAACGUCAUUCUUGGACGACCAGGGCUCAACGCCUUCCAAGCCGUGGUCUCGAUGUACCAUCUGCUCAUGUGGUUUCCUACCGAACAAGGAGUAGGCGAAGCUCGUAGGGACCAAAUGAUAGCCAAGUAA